UAGGGUUUGAACUGAGCAUUAAGUGAAUGAUAUAUGCUCCCGCUCCAGUACCGCUAUUUCCCUCCGAUUUUUUCUAGUUGUUAGAAAAGCGAAGAGGGAUAAUUUGUUCAUUCAUUAGUCCCUACACUUUACAUCCACGUUAAUGUUUUUGAAGUCUGACUGAAACUUACCUUUCGUUUGGCUUGCAAAGGAAAAGAAAGAAAAUAAAAAAUCGAAGCACCCUCUCAACUUCCAGUGUUUUUCUUUUUAACUUUUCUGAGUUCAGAGCAGCUAUGGACUGCAGAAGCUCUAUUUUUGAAAUUGCUUCAUUUACAACUCUAAUGCGGACUUUAGGUGAAGAAAUUGGAUAUUUAAUCCCUUAAGUCUUUGGCAAAAAAAGCAGGCAGUUCUUAUUUUCAACGGAAAACUGUGGGCACAAAUCGACAAAACUAAAGCUUAGUUAAUGAACUGCAGCAGUGGUUCAUGCUGGGAAUGGCGAUGGCGUCCAGCCAUUGUCCAAGAUUGCCAUCCAUAAAGCAGUCUAUGCACUUCAUGAAAAUGCUUCUGUUAAAGCACACCCGCUUGUUCUUGGGACGAAGGGGGGAGAUUCUGAUUGGGUAACUGUAGAAAUUGAAUGUCCGAAACCUUCUGAGGAUGAUUGGAUUGCUGUCUUCUCUCCAGCAAAUUUCAGCUCGUCUAUCUGUCAACCAAGUGAUGAUAUGGAACAGUUUCCUCGUAUAUGUUCAGCCCCAAUAAAGUACAAAUAUGCCAAUGAUUCCGAUGCUGAUUACAAAAAGACUGGCAAAUCUUCAUUAAAGUUCCAAUUGAUCAAUCAACGGGAAGAUUUUUCGUUUGCAUUAUUUUCUGGCGGGUUAUCCGAUCCAAAACUGGUGGCUGUUUCAAAUGUUAUAAGUUUUGCUAACCCAAAGGCACCACUUUAUCCACGGCUUUCACAAGGGAAAUCUUGGAAUGAAAUGACAGUGACUUGGACUAGUGGCUAUAAUGUUAUCGAAGCUGUACCUUUCGUUGAGUGGGGUAUGAAAGGAGAAUCCCAAACUCGAUCUCCUGCAGGAACAUUGACAUUUCAUCAAAAUGAUAUGUGUGCUCCACCAGCCCGAACAGUUGGUUGGCGCGAUCCUGGUUUCAUUCAUACAAGUUUCCUAAAGGAUUUGUGGCCAAGCUCUGUGUACACUUAUAAGCUUGGCCAUAAGUUGGUAGAUGGUUCUUAUGUCUGGAGCAAGAGCUACUCUUUCAAAUCUUCACCAUAUCCAGGGCAGGAUUCGUUACAGCGAGUUGUAAUAUUUGGAGAUAUGGGAAAGGCCGAACGAGAUGGUUCAAACGAAUACAGUAAUUAUCAGCCAGGAUCACUUAACACCACGGAUCAACUAAUCAAGGACUUGAAAAACAUUGACAUAGUUUUUCAUAUAGGGGACAUUACAUAUGCAAAUGGGUAUAUCUCACAGUGGGACCAGUUCACAUCACAGGUUGAGCGCAUUGCAUCAACUGUGCCAUAUAUGAUUGCAAGCGGCAAUCAUGAACGCGAUGCUCCCAACUCUGGGUCGUUCUACGACGGAAACGAUUCUGGUGGUGAAUGUGGUGUCAUAGCUGAGACCAUGUUUUAUGUUCCUGCUGAGAACAGAGCUAAGUUUUGGUAUUCAACAGACUAUGGCAUGUUCCAUUUCUGUAUAGCUGACAGUGAACAUGAUUGGAGGGAAGGUUCUGAGCAGUACAAGUUCAUAGAGAAGUGCCUAGCGUCGGCAGACCGGAGAAAGCAGCCCUGGUUGAUAUUUGUUGCUCAUCGUGUUCUUGGUUAUUCCUCAAGUUAUUGGAAAGAUGCCUCAUUUGGAGAGCCCAUGGGAAGGGAAAGCUUGCAAGGACUUUGGCAGAAGUACAAAGUCGACAUUGCAUUUUUUGGACAUAUCCAUAACUAUGAAAGAACUUGCCCGGUUUACCAGGGGCAGUGCAUGCAUGUGGGAAAAUCACACUAUUCAGGUACUGUAAAUGGAACGAUUCACGUAGUGGUUGGUGGGGGAGGGAGCCAUUUAUCAGCGUUUGGUCCUACCCAGACUUCAUGGAGUCUAUACAAAGAUUCAGAUUUUGGUUUCGUGAAGUUGACUGCAUACAAUCAUUCAUCUCUCCUCUUUGAAUACAAGAAAAGCAGUGAUGGAAAUGUGUAUGAUUCUUUCACCAUUUCCAGGGACUACCGAGAUGUCUUGGCCUGUGUUCAUGAUGGCUGCGAACCAACCACUUUGGGUUCUUGAAACCACCCACUGUAGAGGUGUAUAUGGAUCCGAUCGGGUCGGAUGGUAACUUUGAAUUUUUUUUGCCUAAAGCUCGGUCCAGGUUAAGGCUAGGUCAGCCCUCUAUCCCGGAUGAUGACUAUAAACAAUAUAUUCUCAAAUUUAUUAAUACAUCAAAUCAAUUUAAUAUAAGUAUGUAACUUUGGUUGUAAUCAAAUGUACACAUAAAUUUUCAUUUUUUAGUUAAUUACAUACAUUUAAAUAAAUAAA